AUGAGCGAGUUUAACGAAAUCCUCGCCAAGUGUCGUGAUAAAUCUUGCCAAAAAGACCAGGAUGAGACCCUGCUGCAACCGUUCGCGUACAUCCAGCAAAUCCCGGGCAAGCAAGUGCGCUCGAAACUGGCUCUGGCCAUAAACCACUGGCUCGCGAUCUCGAUCGAGAAGCUAGCCCCGAUCAGUGAGAUUGUGCAGAUGCUGCAUAAUUCAAGUUUACUCAUCGACGAUAUCGAAGACAAUUCCAUUCUCCGCAGGGGCAUUCCGGUGGCGCACAAGAUCUACGGUGUGGCGAGCACCAUCAACGCGGCCAACUACGUGCUGUUUUUGGCACUGGAAAAGGUGCAGCAACUGGGGCACCCGGACGCGACGCGGGUCUACACGGAGCAGCUCCUCGAGCUGCACCGUGGCCAGGGCAUGGAGAUCUACUGGCGCGACAACUUUGCCUGCCCCACGGAAUCGGAGUACAAGCAGAUGACGAUCCGGAAGACGGGCGGGCUGUUUAUGCUGGCCAUCCGGUUGAUGCAGCUGUUCAGCGAGAACAAAAAGGACUUUAGCAAACUGGCCGCCAUCCUGGGGCUGUACUUUCAGAUACGGGACGAUUACUGCAACCUUAGCAUGAAGGAGUACUCGGAGAAUAAGAGCUACUGCGAGGACCUGACCGAGGGCAAGUUCAGCUUCCCCAUCAUACACGCGGUCCAGACGCAGAAGCAUGACAAACAGGUUCUGCACAUUCUCCGGCAGCGCACGCGGGACGUGGAGGUCAAACGGUACUGCAUUUCGCUGCUCGAGAAGCUGGGCAGUUUCCAGUACACGCGCGAUGUGCUGGAUUCGCUCGACCAAGAGGCCCGCAACGAGGUGGAAAGUCUUGGACCAAAUCCAAUAAUGGAGGCGCUGCUAAACGAUUUGCUUAGCUGGAAGAGUGCCAGCGACGCGAUGGACGAAUCGAAGGAACAAUAGAUGGGCGACGGGCCUCCUCGCGGGGGCGCUUUACCCGCUGGUCUUUAAAAGCAUUUAUGGAACGACGAAUGGUGCGGCCGUGGUCGGACCAACCAAUCGAUAUUUCCUUCGCCAGAGUAUUACAACGUGUGGCUUUCGGGUUUUCGCGACUUUGUGAGUGACAAUAAGUAGUAGAACCGUGUUCCGUUUACUAUAGGAUACUUUACCUCUCAAAGAAACCCUCUCCGGCCCGGGGUCAAAAGGUGGCGCGAGUUGUCUGCUUUGUUGCCUCGUUCUAAUAUGCUAGCCGACCUCCACAUUCUGCGGGGUUCACGCUUAUGUGCCCCUUUCGUAGAACUGCCUCGUAGAAACAUACGCGAUCGAUCGCGAUCGUGCCGUAACGUAAUUCCUUCCCCCUGCAGGGCCUCUAUUUAGGAUUAGGCUUGUACAUAUAUUUCGUUGCCUCUAAAGUUUGUCGCGGUCAGAGUCAGAACGGUAUUAAUCACCGGGCGCAAGGUGACCCACCAAAUGCACUGCGGUUUGUAGUUACUUUUUUUUUUAAGUGUUCACUCGAUUUAUUUAAUAGGCACACUCCUCCGCCGUGUUACGUUGGCGCAGUUAGCCGAAAAUAGAAGUGGAAUGAUCUGUUAUUUUUUAACCAAGCGAGAGAACGGUUGAUUUGGUUGAGUUUCCCCUUUCGUUUGCUGUUCGAGUGGCCGCGUAUCCGAAACUGGACAACUCGCAAAGCUUGGCGCUUGAAGAGCGAACCAUCUCGAAUAAUAGAGAGAGGCUCGUCCACUAGUCCUGCAUCCUGCAUCGUCUGAGCGAUCGACAAUAACGUGCUCUAGAAAGUGGUAGUAAAAUUACACAAAUGUCUUCCGGUGGCACGCACACGACAGGAGGAAACAUAUCGAGAGUCUAAUGAUCUCAUGCAGCGAUAGUGACUGGCGCCCUGUAACACUGGAGGGCUUAAAUGACGGCAGAACCCAAUGAUGUCUGCAAACAUAAUACCUAAUCGAAUUGGUGAUUGACAAUAACGACUAGAUUUUUAGACAGAAUUCCGAAUAUUAGAAGUAACGUUCUCCUAAAACUCUCAAAACUCUACAGCAUAUCAAGGAAUAUCGAUGGGCUUUUGAAGAAUUGCUAGAAGCGCAAGUUGCAUAUUAAUCAACUAAUAUGAAGUGCACCACAUCCCCGCUGAAGAAUUCUUUUGGCCUUUUCUUUCACGAAUUGCUUUAUGGUUUUUAUUUAGCUUUAUUCUAUUAUAUUUUGUUUGCCCCCGGCCCAUUGUCGGCCGAGCUCGUUUUGAUCCACUGUUAUUUGUCUUUUGUCCUAUUCGUAGCGAUUAAAUUGAUCUACCUUUCUUUUUUAUUUUAUUUUAAGAAUCCUUAACAGAGCUACAACGUAUUGGCUCCUAAUCCUUCCUCGUGUCUCCUCUUUUUACUGCUAAAAUCUUUCAAUCAGCACUGACUAGUGUAUAAUUUUGUUUCUACUUUCACUGGAUCGCCGUUUCGGUCCGUUUAUUGCCUUUUGCUUAUCGAUAGUGCUCGCGACGCAGCUACGUGUCUCUCCUUUAUACAGAACGAAUGUGACGAACAUUUCGCAACACCUUUAGUAGUAAGAACGGGAACGCUAUCUAAAAACGUACGAUAAUUUAGGCAAAUAAAUAAAUGCAAACGCUUACGCGGCCCGCUUCUCGCCCGCCUAGGGUUUACUCGU